AUGAUUCGUGAGGCACCACUACGAGAACCGGCAACGAAGCGCGUGACGCGCAGUCAGACGUUAGCACAGAGACUAGAUCAACUGAAGCGAGAGCGUGUAAAUAGAGAGCGGAGGGAGGAGUUCCUGCAAUACAAACAAGACGAAAAGUCGAAACUGAAAGCGUUUAAGGCCGCUACUGAUUCUGCCUCCAUUACAGUCAGAACAGACAAUAAAAAUGAUGACAGUAACAAGGGCAGAAAGCGGCAGAGGUCGGAUGCUGACCGCCGUUCGGCCGUGCAGCCGGGGCCUCCGCGAAAGAAAAUCCCUCCACUGGCAGGAGCAGGGACCAGCCGCGACGAUGAGCAGCGCCGCAAGGUUUUGAGAAAGGAGUGGCUGAGGGUACUCAAAUUUGAGCAUACCCACCUGCUUCUCGAUAUGAUCGAAUGUCUUAUGAGUCGGCAAGCCGACAGGUAUUAUCUUCUUGCAUUACAAAUCAUUUUGAUCGUCUUUCCGGAAUUUGACCACAACGCCGUUCUCGAAACAUUGCCCGCCAUGAUGAGAAAUGCGCUCGAGGAAACUGUGGAGCAAAUGUGGAAGGGAGGCCCCAAAAAGGUUUACCUCGACUACCCUGCGGAGGGAAGCAAAGACGAGCGGACUGAGUGUUGGAAACAGCGGGCGGAGCUUUACCAUGGCAUCGAGAUGGGGAUUGAAAGGUUGCAGGUGGGAAUCUUCGCGGUAUGUCAGAAAGGACCGGACGGUCUACCUCCAGAUCUAUAUGAGAAGGUCGAAAGCGCAGAACAUUGCAAUAUUUUUACAGAUCACUUUGCGGUGAAUAUGAGACGAGCUGCUUGUGUUUUUGAGAUGACUCAGCUUCCUAGCCGGGAAAUGGAGUUUUUGAUCUUUAUCCUCAAUGAGAUGAUGCGGAGAGAGGCGGAAACUUCAAAGAAGUUGGAAGAGGACAUAAAUCGUUUGAAGCAAAAGGCCAAUGAAUCUGAUAGCAAGCUGGAAGACUUGCAGAAAUUUCUGGACGGCAUUGGCACGGGUACCACGGAAGCAAUCAGUAUGCAAACCGCGGCUGACGAACUAUUGGAGGAGGACGAAGAUCCACCGUCGAAAUCUUCCUAUACAAACAGUGUAUUGGACGGCUUCCGAGAAAAAAUUAAUAACUACGAGUCCGAAAUACAAGGUUUGAAAUCAGCUCGGGACACUUCUCAAGAAGAACUGAACACUGUGAAGGCGCAGAAGGAUUCUCUUACUACCGAAAUGGAAGGAAUACGAGCAUCCUGUGAAUCCCUAAAGGACGAAAGUCAUCAGUUGCAGGCACGAUAUAAUGCCGCUCUCGAAGAAGUGCAAACUCUCAAAGGCGCAGCUGCAGAGUCGAAUCAACGGCUGGUCGACCGAGAGGUGACAUUAAAAGAGCAACUGGAGACGGCGCAAAUUGAGCUUGAGCAAAACCAAUCAAAGUCACCACUUCAGACUGAAGAUACAGUAAUCAUAGCUGGGCUGCAGGAUACAGUCAACAAGCUGACACUUGAACUUGCGGGUUGGGACCAGUUGUAUGCAGAGAUUUUUAAUGAAGAGUCUGUCACGGACUCGACGAGAAAGCCUCAAAGCAUCUUGGAGCUAACCCAAGGCCUGAAGUGCGAGAUUGAGAAGCUUGUUGAGAGCGACAGUGGGCUUAAAAUGCAGGCAGAAAAGAUAGAACAGGCGGAGAGGACCGCGGAACUGGAAAGCCGUAAUGCGGCUCUUCAAGCGAGAGUUGCUGAUCUCGAACAGCAGUCUCACAAGCCAUCUCCGGAUAUAAACAUGAGUGACGCGAGUCAGCAACAAGCUGAAGACGAUUCAAAUCCCUCAUUAGACAUCCUAGCAAGCUCCUCCAAGGACUCGGUCACCACUACAAUCACUGUAGACGAGCUCCAAAAAAUGAGUAAAGAACUUCAAGAUGUAAACUCGCGAUUAGAGACUGCAGUGCAGGCGAACGCUUCUCUGCAAACAAAAAGCGCUGAGCUCGAGAACGAAGCUAAGGUACUCAAGGCCAAACUUCACGCAUCUGAAGAUGAGAAAGCUAAACUGCAACCUCAAUGUAAAAACCUUCGUUGCUCCGGUCUUCUUGAGCCUGUUCCCCAGGAGAAAGGGAAAGAGACGUAUAUAGAGCAUACUGGCACACAAACUAUGCGUGAAGCGGAAGACGCGCGCCAAUUGAAGGAGAAAAUAACAUAUAUCGAGGCCUUACAGUCUUAUAUCAAGGGUUUAGAGGACACGGCAAUUCAAGAAGAAAAAAAUUACAUGUUGAUACAAAAACAAAAGGAUGAUUUAGCCUCGCAGUUACUGGCAGCUAAGCACAAAGCAUGUGACACGAAAAUGGCUACUGCAGAAGCUGAUCGACGGAUCGCAGGAUUGCAGGCUACGAUAAAAGCAAAACAAUUGAUAAUAGAGGAGUUGGAAAGUGAGGUAACCAUAAAGGGAACAGAACACGGAUCGAUACAAAUGGAAAAAGACAUGUUGCUGUCGCAGUGUGAUGAGUUACAGCGAACCGCAAGCUCCAACAAAAAAGAUUUUGAGAAGAGAGAAAAAGACAUGAAGGAGCAAAUUGAUAAGCUGAAGAAGGAGGUUAAGGACGAAAAGGAGACUCAAGAAAAGAAUCUAAAGGAAAACGAGCGAAUACUGCAGGAGAAGAUAACGUCUAUCAACGACUUGGAGAGGAAAAUCAAAGCUUCAGAAGAUGAUGCAACGAGGGAAAAGCAGGACAAACAAUUGAUGGAAAAUGAAAAGAAUGAGUUGACCUUGCGGCUUUGUGAGUUCGAAAAGGUCGCGAGAGCGAAUUCCGAGAAGAUCAAAAAACAAAUUCAAGAUCUGCAAGAAAGAAACCUGAAACUAAAGUCAGACGUUGAAGAACAGGCCAAAGAACACAAUCAGAAAAAAGAAAAAGCCGACAAACGAUUGAAAGAUUUGACAAAACAGGUUCAUAAUCUAGAGGAUGAAAUCAAGAAUGCUCGCGCAAGCCUUGCGGACAAAGACCAAGAGCUCCAAAGCAUGAAGACCGCUCAUGAUAUCAGUGAACAGGUCACCGGUUUGCAAGAUACCAUCGAAAGGAAAGAGUCCGAAAUAUCAACGUUGAAGGAAAAGACAACAGAACAAGCAGCCGAACAGGAAUCAAUGCGAAGCGAGAGGGAGAAUUUACUGUCUCAAGUUGCCGACCUGCAUCAAAUGAGAAAUUCUAUCAAGAAGGCGCAUGGUAAUAGUGUCAAACUUCUCGUGGUGGAAGUAGCUCGACUAUGGAAUCAGCUUCACACGCAAGCACAAAGUUGCAUCGAGACAAAGGCUGAGUUGUCUACUUGCCGUAAUGAGCAUGCAUCACAGCUCACCAAACUUGCUGAAUUGUCAGAACUGACGCAGUCGAGAAAUGAACUCUAUAACCUACAGAAGCAGCUGGAAGUGAAAGACAAAGAACUCGCUAGAACAAAGAAGCUUCUAAAUCAAACCGAGGAGAGGACCGCGAAUUUACAAGAUGAAACGGAGAAAAGUCAUUCAAUCAUAGAAAAUCUACCUCUUUCCGUGGCAUCUUUACAGUCUACGGUUGACGGUAUCCAGAGGAUGGUAAGCGCACAGCAGCAAAGUACCUGCAAUGCGACACCAAACUGUGGUUCCUUGCAACCGGAAAAAGGCGCUCAUAAUGAUGACAGUAAAAGCUUCGCCGAGUUAAGAGACCAGAUCCAAAAUCUCGAGCAUUUCAUCGUAGAACGAUGGGCGAAAAACGACAUGGAAACCAAGGUUAGAGAACUGCAAGAUAAAAUCAUGAACUUGGAGAGGUCGGGAGAUCUACUAAAAGCCGAAGUUGUCAUCGCAGCGGCCAGAAGGGAUGAUGCAGAAGCAGAAGCUGCGAAAUGGGUUGGCAAGCACAAACUUUUAGAAGAUCGCUUGCGGAAGACACAAGUCCAGCAAGUGGUGGACGCAAAGCUCAAAGUGGAAUCUGAAGGCCAAGAAAGCAUAAACAGGAUUUAUGAAGUGUCAAGGGCGGAUAGUAGUAUCCCUGCUCUGAUGACAGAGAUCAGUGAGAGUAACAAGACCUUGAGCCUAUUCUUUGAACAAUACAAGAGCGACGUCGAUCAAUUCAAGAGCUUGCACAGAAGGCUAGAAACCCUUGCUGCAGAGCUCCGAGAUGUGGAAAAUAGAGUGGAUAACUGUAUUGGCGUGCUUGGAUCGACAUCUGGGGAUUCCUAUCCUGGUAUUGUGGAUUCGGGUACAGGUCAGCUUGGUGAGGUGGUGGAACGGAGAAUUGCGAAGAAGGUUAGCGUUCUUAUCGAAAAGGUCCAGCUCAAGAUUCAAAACUUGGAAUCAGCUCUGGAGGCCAAGGAAUCAGAGGUCGAACUCGCUGCGCUACAAUCUGAAAUGACUGUCCAAGAAGCUGGCCCGAUGCACACGUCCUUAUGGAAGGAGGUCCCAUCAAGUCCUAGGGUCGGAACACCAAAAUCUGAGCCAGAUCUUUCCUUUCAUACUCCAGAAUCAAUUCACACGCCCAUUAGUCAACAUAGAGAAGGCAUAAAAGGCAGUCAGUAUGGGCAUGAAGAUUCUGCAUUCGAUAUCUACCCGCCGUUGCCCGUCAGAAAACACACACAGCCAGUACCUACACAAACAAUGGACGGCCAACUUGACAAAGGUUUAGCAAUAGAUCAGCCCGUUCUAAUGCAGCGCCCACGCAGAUCCAAGGCUUGUAAGCUAGGAGUAUCAGAAGAGAACGCAGCCGUGGAUACGGAGAAGUCCUUAUUACAUCUCGAACGAUUUAGAAUGACUGUACUAUUACAUCAGUUGUCGGCGAUAUUGCCAUCUGAGGAGGUAUAUGCAUCCUUGGAGAUCUUGACGAAAUCUGGUCAUAUCUAUUCAUGGACAAAGAUCGGUAAGCAUAACCAAGACCGGUUGAAUAAAUUGGCUGGCGUCGAGUCGGCGCAAGUUCCAGAAACAUUUGAAGUCCAGGUACACAACGCUCUUGCUGGUAUGAAAGUCAAGAGACAACCACUGUUUCCUGACGCUUCUUUGCCGAUAUACAUUCAUAUCUUCAAGAUCUUCGCCGAUCUCAAGCAAAACACUUAUCCUUUCUUCCCGUUGCUCAGUGUUUAUAUCAUCAGAAGCCCUUCAAAUUAUCCAACGGCUGACAUGAUGGCCUCUUGUUCAUCUACCGACAAAUCAAAGGUCCUGAGGUCUUUGACCCGUAUAUUUGAAGAUGCAGGGGCCUUACAGUCGGAUUUCAUUGACAAAGUACGAGUCGAGAACUGUAUUGGCUUCUGUCAAAUUCCACUAGCUGUUGCAGGGCCUCUUCAGGUAACCGGAGGAGUCACACUAGAUACAGUCUACGCACCUCUAGCAACGUAUGAAGGAACUCUUGUAGCUAGUUGCUCUAGAGGAUGCAAAGCUUUCAACGCUUCUGGAGGAAUCCACAUCGAGACACUCAGCAACAGCAUGAGUCGAGGCCCUGUUUUUACUUUCGACAGCCCUGACCAUGCAGUCAUAUUCGCCAAAGAUGUACCGGCUUUGAAACCGAUUUUUUCGCAGUGGGCAGCGGAGACGAGUGCAUAUGUACGACUUCAGGCUAUGCAGCCCACUAUAAUUGGUUCAAAGGUCCAUGUGCUCUGUAGCUACAGCUGCGGGAGUGCAGCCGGGCAGAACAUGGUGACCAAGGCCACUCAGCACGCAUGCGAGAUGCUUCGAGAUUCCCUGACCGAUAAAUAUAGCAUCCGAGGCUUUCUUAUCGAAGGACAAUUGGCAUCUGACAAGAAGCCCUCGUGGGGAAACGUAAAGAAACCUCGAGGAGUGGAGACACUAGUGUGGGGAACCAUUUCCCCCGAUGUCUGUCGAGAAGUCCUCGGCUGUACCACCGAUCAGCUCUAUGCCACUCAACAGAUUUUGAAGGAAGGCGGGAUUCGAAACGGCCAAUUUGGCUGCAAUGUCAACCCGAUCAAUAUCAUUGCGGCCAUGUUCAUAGCGACUGGUCAGGACCCCGCCAGUACCGCUGAGGCAUCCUGGAGUCACUUGACUUCCGAACUUCACCCUAAGACGGGUGCACUCACCAUGAGUCUCUAUCUGCCAUCUCUUCCUGUUGGUACUGUUGGAGGCGGUACUGGAUUACCAAUGCAAAGGGAGGCCCUGAAAAUGUUGAAAUGUGAUGGGGAAGGAGCGGAGCAGAAGCAGCGGCUUGCUGGUCUCAUCGCUGCUUUCGGCCUUGCCCUGGAUGUCAGCACGAGCGCAGCCGUAACCAAUGACACUUUCACCGCCAGCCACAUGCGGCUCGGGCGGGGACAAGAGCGGGCUAGACUGUGA